UCCACAUAAAUUGAAUCUCAAUUCAUAAUCAACCAUUUGAUAUCAUGCACAUAAUGUUCAGUUCAGAUAUUCAAUAAUCAAUAUUCAUUCACUACGUCAAAAACAGAUGCUGACAACUGUUUCUUUUAGUAGUCUCAUGGAUUGGGUAACUGAUGAAUCCAAGAAAAAUUCACUACAAGGAAAAAAAUAGGCGGAAAGGUAGCCUAGAUAAUUGUGCCACAGGAACAUACACAAGUGGUUCCUUGUCAUUUCGAGAAAAUCUCACAAAUGCGAUAAAGAAAGACUGGAGGAGAGAAACGAGCCCUCAUUCGUACUUUUUUAUGAACAAAGACAAAGAAACAUGAUCAAGUAACAUUUGUUGAUGACAAAUCACGAGAAGUAGCGGCGACUGAUGCAAUGGAGCAGAUCACACAAAAGGAUAAUGUUCAAGCCUUCGAGGAGGAGUUAUACUACUACUCGGUUGAUGGACAUGAUCCUAAAAACCGUGUCUUUGGAGUAGGCAAGAUGUCAAGGACUAUGUCUCGGGAGAGAUCUUUCAAACGCCGACGUAGAAGUCAUUUCGAUGCAAUGCUCUGCAACGGAAAUUCUGUUGCAGGAGUGCGUUUGCAACAAGGGUUUUUGCAACGGCUAAAUUGCAACGAAAAAGCUAUUGCAACAAGCAUUAGCAAUGGAAUUAUUGAAGAAAUGCAACGAAACGUGCCGUUGCAAUUACAUCAUAUUCUUCUUCAACUCCUUCUCUUUAAGCUUCAACCUCUCUUGUUCUUGGAGAUUGAACGCCCGAAGUUGUUCAACCAUUGCCCGGCCGACUUCGUCGCGGGGAGAAGCGGAAAUAGAGGCGGACCCUCCCGAACCAGAGGCAAUGGAUUUUGCCUCCUUUCUUCCGAUCGGUCGUGGAAUGGGGUCCUCGUCAUCGGAAGCCGCAACGUUGAAGGAAGGGAUUUGAUCGGUAGAACCGAUGGUCUCGUCGACCUCAACCUGGCGUCGACGGUGGAUCUUUUCCGGAAUGAUACGCCGUCGGGAUUGUUGAGUUGUUGCCACUUCGGGGAACGACUCAAAAUCCCCCAAAUAUCGAUGGGCACCUUGCCUUAGUUCCCGUCGUCUUGAUACCGGGUCGUGGCAAGCCGGAGAACAUCGGCGUCGUUCAUGCCGCUCCUCCGGGACCGGGAGCAUUCCUCGUAUACUCCCAUAAACUUUCGUACUUUUU